UACACACCGGGGUAUGGUCUCGCUGAAUAAGAGCUGAAUUCAUGUCAUCUAGGCGGUAACACUGGAAUAAAAGCAUGGAUUCCAGAAAGUACUCAGCAUUUCACAACCAUGACGGAUCUCAGUGUGACUACAAUGAUGUCACUGUCGGGACGAGUAGGCCUCGUUACAGGCGGAGGGACGGGGAUAGGAUUUAUGAUUGCAAAGGCCUUUGCUGCAAAUGGAGCAAAAGUAUACAUCACUGGCCGAAGGUUGGACGUGCUCGAGAAAGCCGCCGCGUCAGUUACGGGCGUUCCAGGGUCCAUUAUCCCACUGCAGAUGGACAUAACUGACGAAGAAGCUGUAAAGGCCAGCGCCAAGCAUAUUGAAGAUAUCGACGGCAAGCUCGAUAUCCUCGUCAACAAUGCCGGAUUCGCCGGCUCCCUUCGCGACCCAGACUUUACCACCAAGAAGGACGCGGCUAUAGAUCCUCUCGAACCCGAGACCAUACAGAACUGGACCGACAUCUUCGCACUGAACACCAUCGCUCCAUUCUUCGUCGUGCGCGCCUUCCAAUCCCUCCUCAUCAAGGGAGCCCAUUCCCGCCCCCAAGGCACCUCAAGCAUCAUCAACAUCAGCAGCAUUGCGGCAAGACUCAACACACCGGGGCCGGGAGUAUGUAUGGCUUAUGGUGCGACGAAAGCAGCGUUAGACAAACUGACCCUUGUUCUCGGGACGAGUUUUGCUGGGAGAGGUAUCCCGAUUCGGGUGAACGCAGUGCACCCUGGCGCGUUUGAGUCGCAAUUGGUAGGUCCCGAGAUUUUGGAGAUGAUCAUGGCGGAGCCUGCACCUGGUACUGCGGCGCAGGUGCCUGCUAGGAGGCCUGGAUCUGAUGCAGAGAUUGGGACGACGGCGAUCUACCUGGCAGUAUCGGAUUAUACCAACGGGGCGGUUUUGUGUGUUGAUGGCGGAAUAUCGCUGGUAAAUCCUUGAAUGUUUUGUUGUUUUACAAAAAAUUUCCCCCCUUGACGUUAUGAUAUCAUGGUGUUCCCGUCUAAAGACUGACUUGGUUUCGAUGACCCCAAGCAGUGUAAUUUUAAACAAGCAG